UAGUAGCAUUUGCAGCAGAUAAGGAAGGUGAAGGUGUUGUUUGUUGUUGUAGUGAAUUAGAUGUAGGCGUAGGUGACGAUGGCUGCGAUGAUGGCGUAUUUGUAGCAGAAGUUGAUAAGAUGUUUGAUAUUCCAGUAGCGUUUGAUGGUGGGGUCAAAACUUCCUUAUUUAACAAUGGUGAUAAUGCUGGAGGCGAUUUUUUUUUAGUUUCUUCAAUUUCAGAGAUCGCGAUUUCUGGAGUAGAAGUCGUUGAAAUGGUUUCUUGUUAG